AUGAUUUCGAUCACGGGAUAUAUCUUCAUAGAUAGCAUGAGCUCGGGGCGCAAAUAUGGUACGCGGGUGAACCACUCCAUUGUCGAAAUCUCCAAUGUAAAUGGCACAUACACAAUAUUUCUAAUGGAGAGACCGAAUCAAGUGGAAUUUGAAUAUAAAUUUCACAACUUGGAUGGCUUAAUUUUUCUUGAUAAGAAAAUCGUGCUACGGUUUCGAAAACCUAGGCACGAGGUGGUCAUUUUGACUAAUGAUGUCGGCAAGGCGAAAAAUUUCUCGAAUGAUCUGAUAUGUCUCAUUAAAAACCUGAACUUGAACAUCAGCGAAUCCUUUCAAACUGAUAUUCUCAAAUUCUUCGGGAAUAACAGUUCCAAUACAUUGUCCGGUUUUGACGUAGAAUAUCUGAGAACUGUCGCCCUGGAAAACUGCGAUUUAUCUUAUCUGCCAGCGGGGAUUGGAAAUUUACCAAUUGUAAGUCUUAGCCUGAAUGGUAGCAAACUGAAUAUGCCAGAUAGUGGUCGAAAUUACGUUUGGGAUUGGAUGACUAAGGACAUUAUAAGUAGAACGUUGAAUGAGUUUGAAAUGAAUUCAAUCGGCUUAAAGAAAUUGCCAUAUGAAAUCAUAUAUCUGAAAAAACUACAUAGUUUGUCAGUGUCCAAUAAUGCACUAACUUAUUUACCUCAUUUCAUAGGUGAACUUUCAAAACUCAGAACUCUAUUUGUUGAUGGUAACAAGAUAAAGUUCUUUCCAGAUUGCCUAUCGGAUGUAUAUUUUCGUAAAAUCAAAAUUGUUAAUAAUAAUUUUAAUGAUUUUAUCCCGGAUUUUUUAGAACCCAACGUAAAUAAGUAUUCUGAUUUAUUAACAGUGCCAACAUUAUUAAAUUUAUCAGUUGUAUCUCUAAUGACUAACCAUGUGAAAUUCAGUAGGCAAACUAUACCUUAUACUCUAUGGACCUGUUAUGAUCUUAUUGGCCGUUGUAAAUAUUGUGGGAAGGUAAUGAUACUCGAUAAAAAAUAUGAACAAUACUUUUUUGACUCUCCAAGAACAAAAAAAAUGAUUCCGAUGGAAGAUAUAUAUUGGCAAUUUUUUUUGUGUCGUCCUUCAUGUUUAAUUGUAAGAUAUGAGGAAAAUAUUAUAAUCUAA